UCAGAGUGUGUUGGAAGCCUGGUGCUGUUCUCCAGUGAGCCUCGCUCCAGUCGUUUAGUCACACAGAAACCAGAGCAGAGACGGAGGAGGAAGAGCAGAGCAGGGACACAAGAGGAGGUCUGAGGACACUAUCCGUAUGCACUGACCCUUGUAUUUAACACAUGUAGACAUACAUGCACACGCGCUGCGUUGAUAGAGUGUAAAGAAGGACCAUCUAUAUAAACAUACAAGCUGUCACGGUGCAACACGUGUAUGCAGCGAGCCCUGGACGACUGGACUUCUGUCUGACUUCUGACCGGACACAUAGCACUCCAGCAGCCCAUUACACGAGUGUGUGUGUAAGUGUGUGUGAUCACACCGGAGAUGCCCUCCAGACGUUCUCCCAGUAGGAGGUCCAGCAUGGGGAUGGAUGACACAUGUUCUACAUCGACUGUGAUCCUUACAGCAUUCUGAUCCACCAAAGGAAAUACUGGCCCAAGACUGACCGCUAAACAGAAGAAAAGUCGUCCCGAAGCCAACGAUAAAAGGACUUUACUUUUCAACCUUUCCCCCAGGCUGGUAUGAUGUUGUGGAACAAGUUUGCCUACCACUUGCUUUCGUUGGCAGCCCUACUGGUGGCAGUGGGCUGCAGCGGGGGGGAGCAGAGAAAAGGGGCAGAUAGCAGUGCCAGCAGCGCAGGACAGGGCAGUACAGGUGGCAGCACGGGUAGCAGUAGCAGCAGUAGUAGUAGUGAAAGUAGUAGUAGCAGUAAUCUGAGGUACCACAGAGUCCAGCAUGGACAGUGCACCUACACCUUUAUCCUACCUGAGGGCGAUGGCAGCGGAGGGAAUUCAUGCCGACAAGGGAAAACAGCGACCCAGUUUAACAGCGCCAAUGCGCUGCAGAGAGACGCUCCACCACUGGAACAGGACUUCGCUUCCCAGAAGAUCCAACACCUGGAGCAUGUCAUGGAAAACUACACUCAGUGGCUGCAGAAGAUUGAAAACGACAUAAAGGAGAGCAUGAAGACAGAGAUGGCCCAGCUGCAGCAGAGUGCCGUUCACAAACACACGGCCGCCAUGUUGGAGAUGGGCACCAACCUCCUGUCCCAGACGGCCGAGCAGACGCGCAAGCUAACGGAUGUGGAGACGCAGGUUCUGAAUCAAACCUCCAGACUAGAGAUUCAGCUGCUUGAGAACUCCCUGUCCACCAACAAGCUGGAGAAGCAGCUCAUGGUGCAGACCAACGAGAUCAGAAAGCUCCACGACAAGAACGGGUUCCUGGAGCAGAAGAUGCAGGAGAUGGAGUCUCGUCAUCGGGAGGAGCUGGGGACGCUGCGGGAGGAGAAGGGCAGCCUGCAGGUUCUGGUGGGGAAACAGAGUGGGGUGAUCCGUGAGCUGGAGACCCAGCUGACCAGGGCCACGGGCAACAGCACCGCCAUGCAGAGGCAGCAGCAGGAAAUGAUGGACACAGUGCACAACCUCAUCAGCCUCUGCAACAAGGACGGAGUAGUCCCAAACAGCACGAAGCGGGUGGACGAAGAGAAGAAGUUUCGGGACUGUGCCGAUCUGUACCAAGCUGGUUUCUACAAGAAUGGGGUCUACACCAUACAUAUUAAUGUCCAGGAGACCAAAAAGGUAUAUUGUAACAUGGAGACCGCUGGCGGUGGAUGGACGAUCAUCCAGCAAAGAGAGGAUGGCAGCGUGGACUUCCAGAAAACAUGGAAGGAGUACAAGAUGGGCUUUGGGAUGGUUUCUGCAGAGCACUGGCUGGGGAAUGAGUUUGUAUACCUGCUGACCAGCCAGAGGCAGUACGCCCUCCGUGUGGAGCUCACUGACUGGGACGGACACCAGGCCUUCUCCCUGUAUGACCGCUUUCACAUCGACAGUGAGAAACGCAACUACAGACUGUUCCUGAAGAGUCACAGUGGGACAGCGGGCAGGCAGAGCAGUCUGGUGAUCCACGGAGCAGACUUCAGCACCAAGGACAUGGACAACGACAAUUGCAUGUGCAAGUGUGCCCUCAUGCUCACAGGGGGUUGGUGGUUCGACGCCUGCGGCCCGUCCAACCUCAACGGAAUGUACUUUACCAAAGGGCAACACGUCGGGAAGCUAAAUGGCAUCAAGUGGCACUACUUUAAGGGUCCCAGCUACUCGCUACGAGCAACAACCAUGAUGAUUCGUCCGCUGGACUUCUCAUAGACAUUGAGUGCGUCCGAAAUGGCACCCUAUUCCCUAUAUAGUGCAAUACUUCAAAUUAGUGCACUAUAUAGGGAAUAGGGCGCCAUUUCAGAUGCAACGUUAGACUUUCUGCCCAGGCUCUCUGUAAGGCCAAUGGGACAACUAUAUUAGGAGGAACGCUUCCUGCUUUACCCUGUUACUAUCGUCUCACCAUAACGACUUUGGAGUUUGUCCGGGGGUGAACUCUACACCACCUGGCUGUUGCUUGGUAACUUUACUCCAGGAGUCAGCCUGGAAGUGUAGUUGGAGAGAAGAGGGCUUGUGGAAUGAGAGAGGGUCUCGUCUUAUCACAGAGCUCAACUGCGAAGUUGGAGGACAAACUGCUCUUUUUGAUAUUUGAGGCAUGAACUCAAGUAGAGUUCAGCUCUCACCCCAGGCCUGUGGACUCUCACCUCAGGCCUGUGGACUAUUGGGGUAGACUUUUCUCCUUUUUGGGAACUGACUGCAACAUGGCAGCUUUGUCUGCAUAUGUAGACUACAUGACAGACUACACAACUACCCAUAGACUACAUGACAGACUGCAUAGACUCCUUCAGACUACAUGACUCCCUAUGAACUCUGUGCAUCUGGAAUGUCCUCACAACCAUACGGGAGAUAUAGACGUUGCACAAAGACAUUGGGACUUUGAACAAUGUUUUGUAUUUCAUGCUUUUUAUUCCUAUAUAGCCUAAUACAUUUGGAAUGACAUUAUGUUUUUUGCAUAAGUCUCUCUGGAUCGUUUCUGGAGAGGAAAAGUCACAAGCUUACAGCUUACAAGGUCAACUUCAGUAUAAUGUUGGUCUUAUAUGUACUGCGGACUCCAAAGGCAGUUCUGCGAACAAGCCUGGCUGAGUCGAUGGUUUUGCUGCCACUUAUAUAGUUGUUGUCCUGCCAGAGUGUGCUGAUAAUUUUUAAAGUUCAAGAUGCCACGUUAUUAUUGGAUUUGGCCACUGAUGGAGAUUUAUCUGCAUUUGCUAUUGGCUGACAACCAAUGGCUGCCAAGGCUAAAAAUGUUGUGAUCUUCUUUCCUCAUUUUAAAAGAAUAUACUGUAAUGAAUACAUGUAAAUAAUAUUAAAGCAUUGCCAUACAGUAACUGGUA